GAUUGACUGCUUAUCCCAUCCAUUUGAAAUUCAAAAGUGGCCAGCAAUUUUUAAAGAGCCAUGCUACAGUGGAAAGAACAGGAAGUAGUUUUUACUGGCAGAAAAAGCACCUAAUAUUACCAAGCUGCUGCCAAGAAUCUGGCCUAGGAGUAAAGUUUCUGAAGGGAGAGAUAUUCUUAUUACGAAGCUUAGCAUGCUGCAGUCAAUGAUGAAAUAGAAUAGGGUAUUUAUAUACGACAGAUACAGCACCUAAGAAUAAUAAGCUGCUGCCUACAGAACCCUAAAAAAGAUGAAGAUUGAUUGAAUCUCUAUAGGCCAGGGCUUAGCCAUUUUUAGAAACAGCAGCUAAGACCAGUAUCGUGAUGCCUAUGUAUGAAUUCUUCUUCCGAGCGAGGAUGUUCAGCACUCCUUCCCUCCCACCACCAUCCUGGCAAAGGACCGACACUGGAGUACCCAAAGAGAGGCGUCUCUAAUGGACCAGACAGAGUACAUCCUGUUUGAAGAGAUGUAUUCUGGAAGAGCGUCGAGUCAUGUAGGACCAUACAAGAGAAAAGAAUACAUCUUGUGUCAAGAGAUUUGCUGUGGAAGAGAAUCGAGUCCUGUAGGACCAGCGGAGAGAAAAGCGAGGAUGUUCAGCACUCCUUCCCUCCCACCACCAUCCUGGCAAAGGACCGACACUGGAGUACCCAAAGAGAGGCGUCUCUAAUGGACCAGACAGGUUCGUUUUUGAUUUAAUGUCCAAAAGGGAAGUAAAGGUUGGAUGGGAAGUCGGUGUUAUAAUUAGAAACGUUUCAAAAGACUGACGGUCAUGCAGGAAAUGCAUCCCGCUGCUAUUGUAAAUGAAAAAGUAACACACAUUCUGACAUCCGUAAGCAUUCCACAUUCUUGAGCAUUUCUUACCUCCAUUAUGACCUUGUAUUUUUCCACAUGCAUUGAAAUUCAUGGAGACAGCUUUUAAUUGUGCACCUAGAGUGAAACUUAAAGCAUAGAAACUAAGGUGUCAAAACGUCUUUUUUGUGGAGGUACAGUAAUUCUCUCCGGUUUUCUAUCU